UAUGCUGCUUGUUUGACUACUCUAUUAGUUAGCUAAUCAUAUUUAUUGUAUGUAUGUACAGAGGUCUGAACUUGACUUGCCCUGAGUGCAAAAAGCCUUACGUUGGCAACUGCGUCCGAUGCAAACCCACCAAGGCAGAGAAAGCAUCACCAGCAAUCUCCAAAGCCUUGGCUAAGGAGAAGGAUGCAAAUACCAGAGCUGCAGCAAAGGAAAAGAAGCAAGUUGCUGAUGCACUCAACCUUAACAAGAAGAAGAAGAAGAACUAAAUAGUGACCCUGAAGAACGUUGGUUAAAGAAGCAUAAUAAGAGCUGCAUUGCUAUCAUUUGUUUCUUCUGCACUUUCCAAGCAGCUUAAGGGGACUUGUUUCUUUAGUAGAUUUCCUGUAGAUAAGCUUCAGGAUGUUUCUUUCUUAUAUACAUCUCUUGAAGGAUUUGCUCUCCCUCAUCCUCCUUCAACAGAAAGAGAACUUCAUUUAAAUUAGUAGAUGGAGAGAACAUAAAUACAGCUUAAGGCA